AUGCUGUUAUCUUGGAUAUUCAUCUCUUGCUUUUUGCAAAUUCCUAUUCUUGUGUGCUCCUACAGAAGCAGCAGUGAGUGCUUAGUCAAAAUGAAUUACCGUUUAUAUGGUGAAGGAAAUGUGGUGAUUGUUGGAUUUUUCCCUGCUUUUGCUGUCUACCCACUCAACAAAACAAUUGACUGGAGAAUGACGACAUUUAACAGAGAUUUUAUGGUCGAGUUUAAGCUGAGGAACUACCAAUGUAUUUUGGCCAUGAUGUUUGCUACUGAGGAGAUCAACAGCAAUCUCAAUAUUUUACCUAAUACAUCCCUGGGAUUCGAGAUCCAUAAUGUCCCACAUGGUCAAAGACGUACUCUGGCCAAUCUUUUUGGCUCAUUUUCAGGCCCUGGUUAUUCCAUCCCUAACUACAGAUGUGCAAGAGAAAGCAUGUCAGCUGCUGUACUUACAGGACCAUCCUGGGCAAUAUCUGAAUACAUAGGGACACUGCUGGAUCUUUACAAAUUUCCACAGCUUUCUUUUGGGCCUUUUGAUACUACCCUGAGUGAACAAAGAUGGUUUUCUUCCCUCUACCAGGUGGCCCCCAAGGACACAUCUCUGACACUUGGCAUUGUAUCUUUGAUGCUACAUUUCCACUGGAACUGGGUUGGGCUGUUCAUCAUAGAUGAUCACAAAGGUGCCCAGAUUCUGUCAGAUUUGAGAACUGAGCUGGAGAAAAAUGGAGUCUGCAUAGCAUUUGUGGAAAUGAUCCUAACCAUCAGGGGUUCAUUUCUGACCACAGCCUGGAAAAAUGAGGUGCAGAUCCUGGAAUCAUCAGCAAAUGUGAUUAUUAUUUAUGGGGACACUGAUUCUCUAUUGAGCUUAAUAGUAAAUAUUAAGCAGAAGUUACUCACAUGUAAAGUCUGGGUCCUGAACUCACACUGGGAUCAUUCCAAAUUUGAUGACUUUUUCCUGUUAGAUGCACUGCAUGGGGCCCUUAUUUUUUCACAACAUAAUGAGGAGAUAGAUGAUUUUACUGAUUUUAUCCAGAAAGCCAAUCCUUCCAAAUACCCACAAGACAUUUAUCUUCAUGUAUUAUGGCACUCAUUCUUCAAUUGCUCAAUUUUUAGGGAAGAGUGUAAAAUUAUGGAUAACUGUCUGCCUAAUGCCUCCUUGGAAUUCUUGCCAGGGAACAUAUUUGACAUGGCCAUGAGUGAAGAGAGUUACAAUGUUUAUAAUGCAAUGUAUGCUGUGGCCCACAGUCUACAUGAGAUGACUCUCAACCAAGUACAAUUUCAAACUCAUGGAAAAGGAAAGGAGAUGAUAUUCUUCCCCUGGCAGCUUCACCCUUUUCUGAAAAACACACAACUCAUCAAUCAUGCUGGAGACCAGGUGGUUCUGGAUUGGAAAAGGAAAUCACAUGCAGAAUAUGAUAUUCUCAAUUUUUGGAAUUUCCCAAAAGGUCUUGGGAUAAAUGCAAAAGUAGGAACAUUUUCUCCAAAUGCUCCAGAGGGCCAGAAAUUGUCUUUAUCUUAUCACAUGAUACAGUGGGCCACUGGAUUAACAGAGAUUCCUCAGUCUGUAUGCAGUGAGAGCUGUCAUCCUGGAUUCAUGAAAACCCACCGAGAGGGUGAGGCUUCCUGUUGCUUUGACUGUAAGCACUGCCCAGAGAAUGAGAUUUCCAAUGAGACAGAUGUGGACCAGUGUAUGAAGUGUCCAGAAACUCACUAUGCAAAUACAAAGAAGAGCCACUGUCAACAUAAGACUGUGACAUUUCUGGCCUAUGAUGACCCCUUGGGGAAGACUCUCACCUUCAUGUCCUUGGGCUUCUCCUCAAUCACAGUUGUUGUUCUUGGAGUGUUUCUGAAGCACAGAGACACUCCUAUUGUCAAGGCCAAUAACCGGCACCUCAGUUACAUCCUGCUCAUCACUCUGUCCCUCUGUUUUCUCUGUCCCUUGCUUUACAUUGGCCAUCCUAGCACAGUCACCUGUAUCCUGCAGCAGAACACAUUUGGACUUCUGUUCACUGUGGCUCUUUCCACUGUGCUGGCCAAAACUCUCACUGUACUUAUAGCCUUCAAGAUCACUGCUCCAGGGAGAAUGAGGAGGUGGCUGCUGAUAGCAAGGGCCCCUAAUUUCAUCAUUCCUAUCUGUACCCUACUGCAAGCUGUUCUCUGUGGAAUUUGGCUGGCAACCUCCCCUCCAUUUAUUGACAAAGAUGCUCAUUCAGAACAUGGACACAUCAUCAUCCUUUGCAACAAAGGCUCAGCUAUUGCCUUCUACUGCAUCCUGGGAUACCUGGGAACACUGGCUCUAGGUAGCUACCUGAUGGCAUUUUUGUCCAGGAAUCUGCCUGACACAUUCAAUGAAGCCAAAUUCCUGGCUUUCAGCAUGCUGGUGUUCUGCAGUGUCUGGGUCAGCUUCCUCCCUGUCUACCACAGCACCAAGGGUAAGGUCAUGGUGGCUAUGGAAGUCCUCUCUAUCUUGGCUUCUAGUACAUCACUUUUAGGCAUCAUCUUUGCUCCCAAGUGCUACAUCAUACUAUUAAGGCCAGAAAGGAACUCACUUCAUCACAUUAAGGACAAAACAUAUACUCUUAGGAAAAGCCUUAAAUCCUAG